UUUUGAUUUGCCAAUGAUGGAGUACGUAGUAUCCGCAAAUGUCAGUGUAGCAUGGUGUCGUAACUCGCCUUGUAAAUAAACUGAAAUUAGUUCUAAAUUAUUUAACACGUUGCUGUCUUCUAUUCACUUGUCGACCGCCAGUGGAAUGGCCAUGUAACUAGACUUGGACAGUCAACAAGCUGUCGUCGAAGUGCAUCUUAAAGAACUUAAGAAAAGGAACAGUACAAAUUUCGUCUCAAUUCGACUGCAUGGGCUACGGAUACAGCUGUCUGUUGGCGAGCUAGCCAGUCGAGCUUCGAAGCAGUGUGUGAAACGACCAAAGCUGCCUUGUGGAUUUGACAGAAGCGAAUCCACAGUGAAACACUUUUGGUAACGUUAGCGUCUCCUGUGAGAUGUCAUCUGAAAUAAGCAGGCCUGCCAUCCUUCACGUUGAGGCAAGAUAGCAGCUAACUGUACCUUUGGAUUCAGCGAAAGGUCCUGAUCUGUGGGCUCCUGCGAUUUGCCCCCCCGUAGACAUGCCAGCGUCCAGGUGAAGGGUCAUGACUGGAGUCCUUGGCACAGAUCCUGUGACUGCCCCACUGGUGUAGCCCCCCCCAACCUCCUCGUGUUUGUGUCUGUCUCGCCCUCACCCCUUGCUCCCUGUGCUAUGCCCCAGCCACCCUGCCCUCAGCCAUGAGUUCGGCCCUGUGGAGCCAGGAGAAGCCCGGGGGCGGCAGCGGCGGGGGCUGCUUCCGGGAGGACUGGCGCUUCUACAUGGUGGUGACCGAGUGCGUGGUGGAGAAGCCGCCGCAGAAGACGCUGCGCAUCCCCCGCGGCAGCCUGGGCCAGGCCUGCCAGGAGCGCAACAGCCUGGGCCGCACGCUGCCGCCGGCCAAGGGCAAGCGGAGCCUGCGGCUGCUGGACCAGGCCAACGUGGUGCUGAGCCUGGACGAGCGCGACGUGGCCGAGCUGGACGAGAAGCUGGCCGAGCUGCUCUUCCCCAUCACCAACUGCGAGGAGCGCUACAGCCUGCUGUGCAACGAGCCGCGGCUGGAGCGCGCCCGCCAGAUCGACUGCGGCUCCAAGGUGCGCGUGCAGCUGCGCUCCGGCGACGACCCUCUGCCCGGCGUGGUGCGCUUCAAGGGGUCGCUGCUCCCGGACCGGGCCCUCUCCGGCAUCUGGUUCGGUGUUGAGCUACUGGAGGAGGGCCGAGGCCAGGGCUUCACGGAGGGCUCGUACCAGGGCCAGCAGCUGUUCCGCUGCGAGGACGAGUGCGGCGUGUUCGUGGCCGUGGACAAGCUGGAGCUGUGGGAGGACGAGGACGACGAGCUGGGCGAGCUGGAGGUGGACUCGGUCACGCUGGUCGACAGCGAGCACGACUUCCCGCCGCUGGAGAUCAACUCGCGCGUGCUGGUGCAGACCCGCGAGGGGCCCGAGCGCGGCACCAUCAUCUUCUACGACCUGCUGCCCGGCAACGAGAGCCUGGGCUUCUACGUAGGGGUGGACAUGGACAAUCCGAUUGGGGACUGGGACGGCGUUUUUGACGGGAAGCUGCUGUGUAGCUUUGCCAGCCUCGAGCACACCCGCCUCGUGCCCGUCUGUGACGUGAUGCCAGAGUACUCCAUGCAGGACCAGAGGCCGCCCAAGCACAGCUUUGCCUCUAGAGGCAGCGGCAGUGACAAGUCCUCUGGCCAGAGCAAACCAAAGAGCAAAGGAUUAGGUCUUCAGUGUGGGAGUAGGAGCAAGUCUGAGUUUUAUUACACUUUAAAUGGCAGUUCUAUUGAUCACCCAGCCCAGUCCAAAUCCAAAAGCACAUGGUACAUUGACGAAGCGUCAUGCAGCUGUCUGCUGGGAGAGGACCCUGCCAAGUCCCUCACCGACACUCCCCCCGACUUCAAUCAGGCGUCUCCGCCGUCCCGCGCCGCCCCGCCCUCCACCUCGCUGACCAGCGACCAGAAGUUCCACUCGCUGCCCUUCAGCCUGAGCCGCAAGAGCGGCCCCAACGGCAGCAUGAGCCAGGGCCCUCUCUCGCUGUCCGUGCAGUCGGUCAGGGCCGACCAGCCCGACCAGCAGCUCCAACAGCAGCAGCAGCAGCAGCAGCAGCAGCAGCAGCAGCAGCAGCAGCAACUGGGCCAGCAGCAGCAGCCUCCGCAGCCCACGGCCACCGCCUCCUCCCCCAGGCUGCCGUCGCCGCCGCGGGGGCACCUGCGCCUGGAGGUGGGCUCGCUGGUGGAGGUGAAGGAGAACCCGCCGCUCUGCGGGGUCAUCCGAUGGGUGGGGCUGCCCCCGGGGCUGGAGGAGCACCUGGCAGGCCUGGAGCUGGAGGAGGAAUGUGUGGGCUGCACGGACGGCACGUUCAAGGGCACGCGCUACUUCACCUGCCCGCCCAAGAAGGCCCUGUUCGUCAAGCUCAAGUGCUGCCGGCCCGACUCACGCUUCCCCUCGCUGCACCACUCCGCCAACCCCAUCGAGCGCUGCAACUCCAUCGCCUUCGGAGGUUACCUGAGCGAGGUGGUGCACGAGAACACCCCUCCGCGCACAGAGAACGACGGGCUGGAGGUGAUGGUGGGCAAGAAGAAAGGCAUCCAAGGCCACUACAACUCCUGUUACCUGGACUCCACCCUCUUCUGUCUGUUUUCGUUCAGCUCUGUUUUGGAUACGGUACUGCUGAGGCCUCGGGCCAAAACUGAUGUAGAGUAUUACAAGGAGACACAGGAGCUGUUACGUACAGAGAUAGUCAACCCGCUACGCAUACACGGCUAUGUGUGUGCAACUAAAAUAAUGAAGCUAAGAAGAAUCCUGGAGAAGGUGGAGGCAGCCUCUGGCUUCACCUCUGAAGAGAAAGAUCCUGAGGAAUUCUUGAACAUCCUGUUCCAUCACAUCCUGAGAGUGGACCCUUUGCUGAAGCUGCGGUCAGCCGGGCAAAAGGUCCAGGACUGCUACUUCUACCAGAUCUUCAUGGAUAAGAAGGAUAAAGUGUUAGUGCCCACAAGCCAGCAGCUUUUAGAGUGGUCCUUCAUCAACAGCGAUCUCAAAUUCGCUGAGGCUCCUUCCUGCCUUAUAAUCCAGAUGCCUCGCUUUGGGAAGGACUUCAAAAUGUUCAACAAGAUCUUCCCCUCUCUCGAGCUCGACAUCACAGACUUACUUGAAGACACUCCUAGGGAGUGCCGCAUCUGUGGGGGUCUGGCCCUAUACGAGUGCAGAGACUGUUACGAGGACGGUGACAUCACAGCUGGGAAAAUCAAGCAGUUCUGUGAAAAGUGCAAUACCCAGGUCCACCUCCACCCGCGGCGGAAGUGCCACCGGCACGGGAAGCUGUCCGUGCCCAAGGAGCUGCAGGAGAGCGUGUGGCGCCAGGGCAGCUUCCCCCACCAGCGGAUGGAGCUGUUCGCCGUGCUCUGCAUCGAGACCAGCCACUACGUGGCGUUCGUCAAGUACGGCGCCGCCGACUCCGCCUGGCUCUUCUUCGACAGCAUGGCCGACCGGGAUGGGGGCCAGAACGGUUUUAACAUCCCCCAGGUGUCGCCGUGUCCGGAGGUGGGGGCGUACCUGAAGAUGACCCCCGAGGAGCUCCACGCCCUGGACCCCAAGAACAUCCAGGGCUACGCCCGCCGCCUGCUGUGUGACGCCUACAUGUGCAUGUACCAGAGUCCCACCAUGAGCCUGUACAAAUGAAGAGAUCCUACAUGUGUACUACACACACACAUACUCACGCACACACAGACAGACACACAAACCCACUGACACAAACCGAACUGAGGAAAAAGGAUGUGGGGGGGAGGAGGGGGGUUGAACAUGGAGCGUUGCCCAUGAAACUGACAUUCCCCCCUCCUUCUGCCUCCUCCUCUCCCCCCCUCUAAAAAACAAAUAACAAAUAAAAGAGAUACUCCUCCCAUCAAUGCCUUGCCUGCAUCGCUGUCUGUGUAAAGAUGAAGAAAGAUGAGAUAGAUGGAGAGGGUGCGGAGGGGGAAGAGGAGGAAGAGGAUGGUGUCGACUACGAUGAAGAGAAGGAGGAAGAAGAAGAAAAAGAAGAAGAAGAAGAAGAAGCCUAUUUGCACUGUGUGUUUUGUUGAAGUGUUCUUCUCUUCGUGUUUUCCCUCCCAUCAGUAAACACAAGUCACCCCAGUGGACAGACAGUUUCUCCAGUGCCGGAAGGGUGCAGGGCUGAGUGCUCAUCCUGAGAGAAGUGUGUUGUGUGUGUGUGUGUGUGUGGGGGGGGGUGUUGGGGAGGGGAGCUGAUGAAUAUUCACUGGGAUCGGUGGGAGACAGCAGGGGGAUGCGAUCGUCUCAGGUGACUGCAGCGUCUGAUACCCGAACGAGCCGUGGUAACUGGAGCUCGGCCUCCUCUCUCAGAUCCAAAGGAAAGAGACUAGAGUCCUGGCUCUCUCCGGCAGAGGACAAGAUGACAUCUCUCUCUCUCUCUCUCUCUCUCUCUCUCUCUCUCUCUCUCUCUCUCUCUCUCUCUCUCUCUCUCUCUCUCUCUCUCUCUCUCUCUCUCUCUCUCUCUCUCAUCCUGUAACCGAACCAACACAGAAAUAACGCUCAUGUCAGCGUGAAGCAGACUCUGCACUGUUCGACUCAAUAGCCCCAUUGUAGAACAGACGUCUCAGUACCGCGCUCAGCUGUUACACGUACACUGUACACGACCCAUCUCUGCGUAUUAUGUCCAAACCUCGGCGCUGCAAGUAGUGUGGACAUGUUUUUUUUUUUUUUUUGACAGUUGGUCUCAUUCCCAUGUUUGCUGUGAUUUUUUUUGUUUGUUUGUUUUUGCCCUUUCUCUGUCCAGUGUAACGCACUAUGUUGCUUCAGACGUCACAUUGUUAAUUUGGCUACAGUUUGCAUUGUAAUGUUAAGCUUCUGCGACUCUUUUUUUUGGAUUUGACCGGAUAGCACAAGAGUAAAGCACAGUCUUUUUGGAUGUAACAGCUUGAUUUUAUGUGUACUUUUCAAUUUAAGGGGGGAAAACAGCUUUCCCACACAAGCUUUCUAUGUGUUGGAGACAAACUAAAAUGAAUUUAUCGUGGUAAUACCCACUACUACCAAUAUGCAUUCUAGACUUAUUGUAAUCCCAUGUUUACAGGUAUAGCUCCUGAACAUGCAUUGGUGGAAAAAAAAAAAAAAAGAUUGCGAAAGUCUGCCUUUUCCGACCUAGUCAUUGCACUGAACUUUUCUUUUAAGAGUUAAAAUAUAUAUACCUAACUAAGAUAUAUAAGAUCAUGGAGGCAUGAAAAACAGGAGUUCAAUUACACACAAUGGAUGGAUUUAGUGCAGGUACUCAACAAAUCAAGAAAUGCUCAGCUACACUAUCAUCAAAUGAAUAAAAUUUGACUGCCUUUUGGAUCUUGUUCUGAGAUGAUAUUCAUUCACAGAAGAGAAAUUGCAGAGCAACAAUAGUUUACACUGAGUUAUGGCAGUGCUACUGAGCUGGGAGACUGUCCCUCUAAACUGGAGGAAAUUAAGUUGUGUUGGUGGUCCGAGAGGUAUGAAAAGGUUGCGAGUCUCACGUAUGUGGUGUCCCCAAAAAGACCGGUCAUGAUGUACUGAACACAGGUCUUCACUUAAUGGGGUAGUCCGUGUGUUAAGGUUUAAAUAAUUGCUUUCUGUGUCGACUUGUGCUCCUUAUUUAUGCGACAGACUUAUGAGAGUUUUGAAAAACAUUGAAGAUGGACAAUGAAUUUGGGAAUCUGUCACAUAUAAGCAGAAUGGGAUUUAAUAUUUCUGUGCUGUUCUCCUAAGUGUAACUAAAUUAAAAUCCUUGUUUUGAAAACA